ACACACUCUGCGAGGAGUGUGAAGUGAUCUUGAUAUCGACCUUGAAUAGCUUCGUCCAGCGUGGGGGUUGGGGGUUUGACGAUUGCUUACAGCACCGAGGAUGUCAUGGGAAGGCGAGUUGCAACUGGCUAUCUCGGGCUCUCUAUCUUUCUUCUUCGUGGCAAAGAUAACACUUAUUCAGCUUGACUGUGCAGAUGCUUGACGGAAGUGUCUACGAUGAUGACAGGUUACCUCCGGUCGCAAAUGCUCGUGAGGGACUUAGAGCUAGCCAGGGUUGCUGUUUCACUUCAGCUGCGUUUAUAUCGCUUCACAGAGCGGCUGGAGGAGUCUCCCUGGUCACUUCGGAUCUCUGAUGUCGUCGUCAUGAAUAGGCUAUGGUUUGUGAGCUGGCCAAGGGAUAAUGGAGCAGUAUGGGAAAGCCCUGACUUGAUGGGGAGUGGACGAAGAUGCAGUAGGAGUCGCCAAAAUCGAGAGACAUUGUUCAGUUCAACGAGCGGUGUUCGUCGUAGAGGUAGGUUCAAUGAGAUUACGGAUGGAAUGACGAAGAGACAUGAGAAACACUUCCUGACCACCUUGGCAAGCCUACUUUGCAUAAUAAACCAAACUCAAGUUUUCAUGUGCUUGAAGCAAUCGCUCACAAAAGCCUUCUUACACCAGAAGACCCUCUAACAAGCGGAUCAGCUGCAUACAUAGUCAUCGCACAACAUUAACUCAAUUGCAGCAUUACCGCUAGGUA